AUGAGGGUUCUCGAUCUCUCCAAGUUCCUGGGCCACAAGGCUAUCGCGAAACCGUCGACCUCACCGAUGAGCGUUCUCGAUCCCCCUAAGGGCGUGAAUCACGAGACCGCCGUGGACGUGAAGAAGGCCCUGAGCUUCUCACGAGACACUCAAGUCACAUCCCACGACCAGCUUACUACUGAGGAAAAGCAGAAACUAGGGGUAUGGCUUCGUCAAUCUUCCAAUGCUACAUAUGCUGGCCUCCAUGCCACUAUCAACGAAUUUUACCAGUACCUUGAAGCAAUCUUUGAGAACUGGUUCUCAGAUUCAGCGGACCCUGGAGGACCCUCCGUUGUCGAUCUCACGGCUACUGAAGCAAGAAUCCCAGUUGGAACACUCAAAGUCGAUGCUCCUUUCAGUAGAAACCAGAUUCGAAAAGGCACUGAGACUCAGAAGUCAGUACGCCGAGCUGGAAAGCCUGUCACCUGCGGUGUUACCCUUAACUACGAAACAGACGGGCUUACUUUCACCUGGAAAGAUCGUCACGGCACUGAGAUCUCCUACGAUAUCAUCUCAUUCAAAUCAGGCCUUGAUCAAACAGACAUGACAUCCGCUACCAGGCUACAGGAAAAUGAACUUUCACUUUGCACCCGAGCAUGA